GAGUGUUGUGUGAUGACGCGAUGAUCCGCAAGCCAUAGAGGGAUCGAUGGAGACUGGUAUAGAUGGAGACAUACCGAUAGAGGGAGGGAAGAAAGACAUCGUGGCACUAGAACUGUAGUGUAUGGGAAUAUCAAGUAGAGAGAGAAAGAGAUAAAUAUAGCAUCAACAACGAAAGAGAUAGUGAAAGAGAGAACACGGGCUGUGAAUUCGCGGACGACAUGAGAUUUCUACAUGAAUAGUAUAAAAUGCUUUAAAACUCAGCGUUUUGCCUUACAAACGUGUUGUCAGACGACAGCCACUAAAACAGGACUACACAUCAAGAUCAGGCAGUAGGGGGCAGCAUGCCUGAGCAGAGUAAUGACUACAGGGUGGUGGUGUUUGGAGCGGGGGGAGUGGGGAAGAGCUCCCUGGUCCUACGCUUUGUUAAAGGCACCUUCAGGGACACCUAUAUUCCCACUGUGGAGGACACCUAUCGACAGGUGAUCAGCUGUGAUAAGAGUGUGUGUACGCUCCAGAUAACUGAUACAACAGGCAGUCACCAGUUCCCUGCCAUGCAGAGGCUGUCCAUAUCUAAAGGACAUGCCUUCAUACUGGUCUACUCUGUAACCAGCAAACAGUCACUGGAGGAACUCAAGCCUAUCUACCAACAGGUGAUAGCCAUAAAGGGGAACAUAGAGGCCAUCCCCAUCAUGUUGGUGGGCAACAAGAGUGAUGAGACCCAGAGAGAGGUGGAGACUAAAGAUGGAGAGGCACAGGCGACCACGUGGAAGUGUGCGUUCAUGGAGACGUCAGCUAAGACCAACCACAACGUGACCGAGCUGUUCCAGGAGCUGCUCAACCUGGACAAGAAGAGAAACAUGAGUCUCAACAUCGACGGGAAACGGUCCGGAAAACAGUCCAGAGCUGAGAGACUGAAGGGGAAAUGUAGUGUCAUGUAGAGAGGAGGAAAGAAGAGAGGGAUGGAGGAAGGAAGGAAGGAAGGAAGGAAGGAAGGAAGGAAGGAAGGAAGGAAGGAAGGAAGGAAGGAAGGAAGGGAGGUAACAAGGAAGACAGAAAGUGUGAGGAUAGAAGGAAUGGGAGAGGGAGAGAAAGAGAAGAGAGUGACCACUGGUGGGUUCUAUACCUCUCCCUCUCCCUAUCCUCCUCUCUCAUCUCCUGUCUGCCUGACCAGGGUCCUAACCAUCCAUACAGUCCCACUGUAGUGAAAAGAUUAGGGGGGGUAGUCUGAACACGACUCGAACCCGCAACCCUGCAUCUGUCAGCAUCAGUCCAACACCUCAGCCAUUACGCCGUGAGGUCCCAACCUCUUGGCGAGGUCACUAGAUGUUACACUAGGGACACUCCAACAUAAUGUACAUAUCCUAUGUAUACCUGGCCUCCCUCCCUAGCACCUCUGAAAGAUACAGACAGUAUACCCCCGAACCGUCUCUGUCAUCAUGCAAAAUGGAGAAUCCUCUUAACUUCUCAUUCAAAAUGGCUUCUAAAUCAUUACUUGAAAUGGAGAAACGUUGAACUUGUGACAUCAACAAUCCCUCUAAGACUUUAGCUCAGUGUUAAAACAAGGGAAGGGCAGUGGUUCACGUCUGACUUGGAAUCCGAGGAAAGAGAACCUGGGAAAGAAAGAUGUGGUAGUUGGACUGAAAUGUUAAGAAGUCUGCCUGGGACACUUGGUAGUUGGACUGAAAUGUUAAGAAGUCUGCCUGGGACACUUGGUAGUUGGACUGAAAUGUUAAGAAGUCUGCCUGGGACACUUGGUAGUUGGACUGAAAUGUUAAGAAGUCUGCCUGGGACACUUGGUAGUUGGACUGAAAUGUUAACAAGUCUGCCUGGGACACUUGGUAGUUGGACUGAAAUGUUAAGAAGUCUGCCUGGGACACUUGGUAGUUGGACUGAAAUGUUAAGAAGUCUGCCUGGGACACUUGGUAGUUGGACUGAAAUGUUAAGAAGUCUGCCUGGGACACUUGGUAGUUGGACUGAAAUGUUAAGAAGUCUGCCUGGGACACUUGGUAGUUGGACUGAAAUGUUAAGAAGUCUGCCUGGGACACUUGGUAGUUGGACUGAAAUGUUAAGAAGUCUACCUGGGACACUUGGUAGUUGGACUGAAAUGUUAAGAAGUCUACCUGGGACACUUGGUAGUUGGACUGAAAUGUUAAGAAGUCUACCUGGGACACUUGGUAGUUGGACUUUGGUUGGAUGGACGAUGGAGUGGACUUGGAACAUGUGAAGAGGUAUUAGAAAAGUUUGUUGUGGGAUUUGGACUGGGAAUACUGCGGAUGAUGUCGUUGGGAAUGUUUGCGUCGGUUGGGAUUUGGACUGGGAAUACUGCGGAUGAUGUCGUUGGGAAUGUUUGCGUCGGUUGGGAUUUGGACUGGGAAUACUGCGGAUGAUGUCGUUGGGAAUGUUUGCGUCGGUUGGGAUUUGGACUGGGAAUACUGCGGAUGAUGUCGUUGGGAAUGUUUGCGUCGGUUGGGAUUUGGACUGGGAAUACUGCGGAUGAUGUCGUUGGGAAUGUUUGCGUCGGUUGGGAUUUGGACUGGGAAUACUGCGGAUGAUGUCGUUGGGAAUGUUUGCGUCGGUUGACUUUGGCCCUUGUUGUUUCAUGUGAGGAGCCUUUCUGUUGGCCUUGUGUUUCCCAGGCCAAGCUGCUGAAUCCUCUUCGUACACAGAGAAGCACAGAGAGGAUGGAGUGACGACUCUACUCGGCGGAGGGAAGACACUCGAUUAGUUUAAUGCCAUGCAAAUACCAUCACAUUGCACUUAAUGUCACACAUACACACACAAAUAUAAAUGCACACACACGCACAUGCUUUUUGGAGACCAGUGGUCAUUCACCAAGUGUAUUCCUACAUAGUAUGUACAUGAAAAAGGAGUGAUAUUAUUAUGUAAAUGUCAUUAUAUUAUUGUCCCAAACACCUCUAUUGGUUUAUGUAAAGCAAUAAGGUUGUUUGUCAAAGUACAGAAUAUAUACUCCAGGUGGAAGUUGCCCCUAACCCGCAGAUCUAGGAUCAGCUUACUCCUCAAAUCAUAACUAACCAUUAGGGGGGAAUGCAAAACUGAUCUUAGAUCAGCAUUUAUGGACAAAGUCAUCCUACUUCUUACUAUACAGGAGAGCUAAAAGCACAAUCAUUUGAUUGACGUUGUGUUUUUGUUUUACCAUGUUCCGUUAUCUAUCUUGCAGAAUAAAUAACUGUCAAUAUAUUUUGGACAGAGGUGGGGGAAGGAGGGAGCAGCUCUCCUGUAGUUAUUAUUCCAGGUGACUUGUAAUGUGUACAGUAUUUAAACGUGUGUUAAGGUCACCAUAAGGCUGUGGAUUGGUUAUAUAGCACGGUAUUGUAACGAAACAGACAAAAAGGUUAAGCUUGCAUCCCAAAUGGCACCCUAUUCCCUAUAUAGUGCACUACUUUUCUUUAUGCUCUGAUCUGAAGUACUUCACUAGUAAUUCACUAUAUAGGGUACUAUUUAGAACAAACUAUGUGAGGGAACCAGGAUCUAAACUGUCUUUCUGGAAUAACACCGUUGGACCCAAAGAACUAGAAAACACCCCUUCAUAUCUCUCUCUAAUAAAGAAGCACGGAAUUGAUUCGAGUUUCAACCAGGGAUUGGAGUUCAUUUUCAAUUCAGAAUAUUCAUUGAAAUUCUGUUCAUGAAAGGAAAAAUCUGUCAUUGAAAAAACAAUGGGCAAAUUGAAUAGACUGAAUUAGAAAGAGAAAGGUCCCCAUCCCCGGUGGCCACUGUGUAUGGGGUAUUGAGAAGGUACGUUGUGUUGCUAUGUGCUGUGUUAUACUUAUGGCCCAAAUGUUUUCCUGACCUCAUGCCCUGACCAGGAAAACGCUGAUCCCCAGUUGUAGGCUAUAGCUAAGGCUCAGGGUUGUUCCUGUUCAGAUCACAUGCUCAGGAAAAGGUCCUGGAUCUGAUUAGAAAACAGUGUUCUAGUGCAGUAUUACACUAGAACUAUAAUAAAGUAUACAGUCAUCUAUUAUUCAGAUCAGAUUGACCCACAUUUUAGUGAAUUAUGUGGAACGUUCUACAUCAAAUAGUAUUAAACUAGUAUGUUGUGUGUGUGUGUGUGUGUGUGUGUGUGUGUGUGUGUGUGUGUGUGUGUGUGUACAGUGCACUCAACAGUGUUAGUUUGAAUCAGCACAGACACCUUUACCCCAUCCUCCCACAAUAUUCAGUGUGUGUGUGUGUGUGUGUGUGUGUGUGUGUGUUAAUGCGGUUUUAUGAAGUGUCUGUCAGAGGUUCCCUGUGGAGAUGACCCACGCGUUCUGCAUGAGUCAGACUGCUGAGGCUCAUGCACACACAAACACACACACGUACUGUACACAGUACACACACACAUAAAUACACAGGCAUACCAAGCAGACAGAGAGCAGUCCUCUGUGCCACAGAAACUUCAUUAUCUGCGUGUCUCAUGCGGCACCCUAUCCCCUGAUGUGAUUCUGGUCAAAAGUAGUGCACUACAUAGGGAGUAAGGUGUCGUGAGGUUUGCACAUUGUCUCUUUUUCUGCACUGCUGUGUCACCCUGUAACCCUGUCUGUUGUACUCUUCCUAUUAGUUUUACCACUCCCCUUCACUCCACAUCUGUAUAUAGCUGUAAAUAGCUAUUAGAGUUAUAUAGCUGGAGGUGGAUAUAGAGUCUAUAGAGGAUUUAGUAACGUUAGGGAAUGGUGACAUCAUGGCCCCCUUUGCCCUCUUCAUAGGAUUGUGGGUAGUGUGGUUCUCUUAGGAGUGAAAAGAUAGAGCUGCCACUUGUGAUUCCACAGAACAUUAUUUUAAUCAGAAGGAAGAUCUCUCACCUAAUUGGUUGAACACCUGGGGGAUUGGCCAAAGCCCAAAUGGGCAGAGUCCUCCAGAAAUGAACCAAUGAGAGGGUUUUUUUUUUGGCGUGUGUAGUUUAGAGUGCUGGAUCCUGUCUUGAGAUCCACACACAAAACUAGACUUUCCUCACAAAUAUAUCAAUAACAUGAUUUACGUGAAAUUCUGAUUUUAGGAAUGGUUUCAGAGAGCAUUCCUAUAAUGACUCAGGAAUGGACAAAGAGGCUGCUGUAUGGCUGAAUAAAAACCAAGAUCGAAACACACAGAACAGAGCUGAUAUGAUUCUAGAAUAGAUUAUACAAGCCAGAUAGUUGUGUCUGUUCUACGUAGUUUCUACCUGAAAAAGCCCCUACAGCCUUUCACUGAUGUGUGUUAUCAGAAAGUCAUGUAGCUGGAAAGAGGGUUGCAGAAGAGAAGUGGCACAAAGGACUAUGGGAAGAGUAGUUCAUUGAGUGUAGUUAAUCAGAAACAUGUUCUAUAAACUCAAGCCUACCAAGGACACAGUUUGGAAUUUUUGCAUCACCCCAGAUCAUACUAUCAGCCCAGAAACAACUCCUUGCCCCUAGAAGUUCAAAUAUCUGAAGGGACUGGAUAGGGGACAGGGUUAACUAUUAGGCUUUGGGGAACUUCCGCCAUAUUGUUUACACGUGUCUGCUCUGCCAAACACAAAAUGUGGAAGUGCCUCAAAGUUGUUUCUGGACCGGGCCUCUGAGGGGUGCAAUGACCUCUGGGUAGUGUAGUUCUACUAACCUCUGUCCUUCCCUCCCUGCAUGGCCCCAAUAAGUGUUCCUCCCAGCCAGCAUGAGAACCAAUAAGGACGCAAACUGUGAAAUUAACAUAUUUCUAUUUUAUUAUUAUAAUUCUUCUGCAUUAAUAAUGGCUUUGGUUUGAAAAGUGUAACUGUUUUUAAUCUCUUAUUGUUUUUGUAAACAUGUUUUUUGUUUGGACCUUUUUUUAACAUAAUGAUCAUGUAUAGACAUUUUAUUAUUUUAUUUUUUAUAUAAUUAUUAUUAUAAUUAUUCUAGCUAUUUAUUCUAGCAAUAGUCUUCCUACUAUAAUGUACUGUGGCAAUGCAUCCUAACUAUAAGAUAUAAGAUAUGUAUAUGAAGAAAUUAUCAUAUCGAAUCUGCAAAAGGAUUUUCCUAAUAAAAACAACAGUUAAGAA